CAAGUGUCUCAGGCACCGUCGAAGCCUUUUCAGUUGCAAAUCACCCGCACCAGACUGAAGCCUUUCGCUCUCCUUAUUGGCCCACAACCCGACCGGCUGCACAAGUACAGAGGAACUUCAGGGGCGAACGGACACAUGAAUCCAGCGUGUGAGCUACAAGUCUGACAACAAGUGGUCUUCGGUCUGCUUCACGGCACCGAGUACAGAUAGCUGGUGGACGGUGACAAAAAGGCUCCUGUGUGCUUCAGCGUUUACUCUUCUUAACUUCACCACACCUGUACCAACAUGUACAGCAUGAUGGACCACGAGCUGAAGCCGAACGGUCAGCCCCCUUCUCAUCAGACCUCCCAGGAAAUGUCACCGGUCAUGACCGGGAACCUGGGCAGUAAUGCCAACUCUCACCCGAGCUCCAAAACGUCAUGUGCACCUGGAGGUGACCCCAUGGAUAAAGUCAAGCGGCCCAUGAACGCAUUCAUGGUGUGGUCCAGGGGACAGAGGCGCAAGAUGGCUCAAGAAAACCCCAAAAUGCACAACUCCGAGAUCAGCAAGCGGCUGGGAGCUGAAUGGAAACUACUGACCGACGCCGAGAAACGACCGUUCAUCGACGAGGCCAAGCGGCUCAGGGCAGUCCACAUGAAAGAGUACCCCGACUACAAAUACAAGCCACGCCGCAAGACAAAGCCCCUGCUUAAAAAGGAUACUCAAGUGGGCAAGUACCCGCUGUCCGCAGGGAACCUAUUGGCGGCGGCGCAAGGCCAAAGCGGUAGUCCGAGAAUGGAGAGCUACGGCUGGGGCCCUUCAGGGGGAUACGCCGGCAUGCAGAGCGAGGCGCUCGGCUACACGCAACAGCUACACCGCUAUGAUCUGUCAGCUCUCCAGUACCCACCUGCGAUGACGGCAGCACAGACGUACAUGAACGGAGCCAGCUCUUACAGCCCCAUGUCAUACAGCAGCAGUCCCCAGCAGCCGAGCCCAGUCACCAUGCCCAUGGUGAAAGCAGAACCAGUGUCCCACUCGCCUCCAACAGGGACGCCAAACCACCACCGGGGACCUUUGCAGGGUGACCUCAGGGACAUGAUCAGCAUGUACAUUCCUGGACCAGGAGGGGAUGCGGGUGAUCCAACAACAGCACAGAGGGGCUACACCAGUGUCCAGCAGCACUACCUCACUGGAACCGUUCCACUCACUCAUAUCUAAAACUGGAGUUGCAAUCAUGGAGGGUGAACUGAGAGGGAGGGCCAGAAAUGCACAAAAAGUACAGCUGGCUGGACAAAAGAUGAGUCAGUUCUGGUGGACUUUAGACCUUUUUGUCUCAAGCAUUCAGUAUUCUAACAGUUCCAGAUGUGCCUGCAAUUACAGAUAGACACACAAGUGACAGUUUCUUUUAUAGAAGUAUAAAUCGGUUUCUACCUCUUGGGUGCCACAUCAGUUUAGCUGAUUGCCUUACACACACACACACACACACACACACACACACACACACACACACACCACCAAAUGUAGAAAGAUGAGAUUCCCCGCUGCCCACGACCCUCCUGCAGACGCCUCUCCAUGAAGGAUGUUAAGACAGGGACAAUAUCUGAAUAUUGUGUACAUAUUAGGAAAUGUGACAUUGUGUUUUUAUAUUUUUUUAGAGCCUAUCCAUAAUAAGUCAAAAGACUCUAGACCCUAAACACUUGUGACACUGGCAGUCAUGAUAGCUCCACCAUACCUAUUCAGGGACAGGGGGCCGGUCCAGUCAGCAGGUUUAGUCUUCCCUUGUUUGACCACAGCACAGACCUGUGUUGCUGGUCAGUUGUUGCAGUCCUGGCGCGUCAGUGGAGCUGGAGAACAGCUGGAUGCCAGUGGUGGGAAACCAGGAAGGAAAUGUACAACCUUAAUGACUGAGUUGUUUUUUUAAAAUGAACUCAUUUGUGCCUUGGCUUUGGUUUAGUACUCUUGUAUUUUUUUUUAUAUAUUUUAUUUUUAAUUGAUAAGAUCCUGUUGGACGACCUAGAAAACACCCUUUGGACAAUCAGCACUGCACCCACGGAGGAAAACAACAGAAUGAUGAUUCAGUGAUCUGUGUUGUGGAACCAAACUGGUUCUACGUUCCGUAGGUCACACCAGACUACUGUAUCACUGGAGUUUUGAGUCUGAGAAGAGGUGUGACACUGUCUAUAUGAGUUUUAUUAGCUAUAAUUAGUUUUAGAUUUGACCUUUUUAAUGUAAAUUUUUUUUGUUGUUGUUCUGGCAUCAUGUGAGCUGCAUCGUGUUCAUUGUCACCCUGGUUUUCGGGCGACAGCAUACUGCUUUUAGACUUUUCAUCGAGUAAAUUGAAUUUGAUAUUAAAUUCCAAAUUUUAAGUUAAGUUGUUUUAUUCUGAACAGCAGAUUAAAGUUUUGUCCACAACAAGCCACUAAACCUUUUGAGAUAACUGUAUCUGUUCAUAAAGUGGUGUGUUUUUUUUUUGGAAAUUUGUUUAGCCUGCUGUCUGGUAAUAAUGCUGCUAUGGAUCUAAAGGGAACUUUUAUUUUCAAGCUAUAAAACUGUGAAUAUUGAAUGUGGUAGAUUAUACAUACAGUUCUUAAUUUUGAAGCAUUCCAUUACUAAACAUGCACUGGAAAACAGAUAUCUGACUGAAAAAGGGGAGAUCACUUCUAUUAAAGUAACGCAUGAAUGUUUACAUUGCUUCCCAAGUAUUUUAAAAUGAACGUUUUAUACUGGCUUGUGUCUCCAUUUUUAGAAUGAAUUCUCUUGUAUGUAAAUGCUAACAUGUACUAGAGUUACUGUUUGUAGAAUUCAUGUAAAUAAUGUAUAAAUGUGUAGACUCUUAUAGCUUAUAGUAAGAGUCUUGAUUCCUAUUUGAUAUUAAAACAAAAAAAAAAUCUGUUAUGGCA